AAUCAGCUGUAAGUGGGGAGGAAAAGUCGAAUGCUCGAGUGUUAUGUAGUUCAUGUCCUCAAGCGUUUCGUUGCAGUUGUAGCUAUGGCGUGUUUAAGCCCGAGUAGGCUCUGUGCUCGUGUUCAAGAUAAGUUACUGUGUCAAUUCGGACAUAAAGUUCGCAGACAAACUGUAUUUGUGAAACUGAAACCUCCUGGACCAACUCCCUUGCGGAUAUUUGGAAAGACAUGUCAGCGCGUGACCACAUGCGGGCCGGCGUGCGGGUCGGCGGGCGCGAGCGCGCCCAGCGUGGCCGGCGUCGCGCGCCGCCUCGCCUCCAGCUUGCAGAGCACAUCCACAGGCUCGCUGCCAGACUACGGCACACAGAUCGUCGACCCCUACCGCUUGCUGGAGGACGACCUUAAUGGCAUAUACGAGGACAUACGAUCGGAAUUGGAACGGAACACCAACCAGAGCGAACUGAACACCAUAGCUACAUACUACUUUGACGGACAGGGCAAGGCGCUAAGGCCGAUGGUCGCGAUCCUAAUGGCGCGGGCCGUCAACUACCACGUAUAUGGUGAAAACAGUGCACUACUGGCAUCACAGCGACAGGUCGCGAUGAUAAGCGAGAUGAUCCACUCGGCGUCGCUGAUACACGAUGACGUCAUCGACCAGAGCGACUUCCGGCGCGGCAAGCCCUCAGUCAACGUAUUAUGGAAUCACAAGAAGGUCGCGAUGGCCGGCGACUUCAUCCUCGCUGUGGCGUCGAUGAUGAUAGCUCGCCUGCGCAGCGAUGACGUCACACUUGUGCUUAGCCAGGUGGUGACAGACCUGGUACAAGGCGAGUUCAUGCAAUUGGGCAGCAAGGAGACAGAGAACGAACGGUUCGCACAUUACCUCACCAAGACUUACAGGAAAACAGCCUCGCUCAUCGCCAACUCCGUCAAAGCGGUGGCCCUGCUAAGCGGCGCGGACGAGAGCACAUGCGAGCUAGCGUUCCAGUACGGCCGCAACAUCGGGCUGUCCUUCCAGCUGGUGGACGACAUGCUGGACUUCGUGUCCAGCGCGCAGGCCAUGGGCAAGCCCACGGCCGCCGACCUCAAGCUCGGGUUGGCUACUGCGCCCGUUCUCUUCGCUUGCGAAAAGUACCCGGAGCUGAACCCGAUGAUAAUGCGGCGCUUCGGCGAGCCGGGCGACGUGGAGAAGGCGUUCGAGCUCGUGCACCAGUCGCGGGGGCUCGAGCAGACGCGCUUCCUCGCGCGCAAGCACGGGCUCGAGGCCGCCAGGCUCGCGCAGGACCUCGCCGACUCCGUCUACCAGAAGGCGCUAGUGCUCACCACCGACCUAGUGCUCAACCGGAUCAAAUAACCCCACGCUACCCCGCCAGCGUGACAGUUUUCAUAGUAGUCUUUGGACCGUCCGGAACCUAAGAGUACUUUAAAAACGGCGAGCGUCCGCUCGCGUUUCGGCUUCGGUUUUCCGAGUAGUCUUUGGCCGUCCCCUGAGAGUACUCCGAAAAGGGGCCGGGCCUCGAAACGCGUUGUGCGCGUUUUAAACGCGACUCGAGCCUCGAGCGGGCCUCCCGCGGAGUGAACGUGGACCGUUGGAAGCCGACAUACGGCUAGAUAUUAUCGAAGAUAUUUUUACGUCGACUUACCGCGAUGCGCCCUGAUAAAUUAUUCUAUAUAGCGAAUUAUAUUCAGUAUACAUUACCUAUACAUUAUUAGUAUUUAGAAUGUACUGUCAUACUGGAACGGUCGAUCGGCGAUCGACGUCGAAACUUAUCUUUUUUUAUAUUAUUUUUGUAUGUAUAUAUUAUACAUUAUACCCUUCUGUAUGUAAGAGUACCUAUGUAUCUCUCACUUGUGUGACCUGAUUUAUUUUAAGAUAGUUUUCUAUGAAAAUAUUUAACACCGUAAACUAUCUGCGACAAUAUGACAUUGUUAGAAGUGAGUGUGUGUGACUUGUUACCAAAUACGGUUGUACAUAAUGUGAAUGCUCAAUGUUUUGAAUACGAUUAUGUUUCACGAAAACACACUGUUUUUUAUUGCCGCGAUAUUGUACAGUACGUUAUGUUUGUUGUAGAACGCUUGACUGUUUCAUUCCCCUAGUUCUUAUUUGUGCAAUUUUCUUCUCCGGUAGCGUAGGGUGAAGGUACUGGAACCGCUAGGUCUGCAUCACAAACAUUUCAGUAGGACUCGUUCGAACGUCUGUUACGAUUGCCGUCCAAUCCUUUCGCUGUUAUAUAUUAUACUGUGUAAAUACUGAGAGUCAUUGGAUAAGUUACCCGUUUUAUCUUCAAAACCAAUUACCUCAAUUUCUUAGUGUGCAUACUAGAAUACGUGUACACUGUAUGUUCGAUUUAGUAUUAAAUUGUAAGCUUCAUCCGGCCGCACGGUAACAUAUAGGCAAAUUUGUCUUGUUUAAAUGGUAUUCGCUACUUAGAUUAAAUAUUCUGUAAAUAAUGCAACUGAGUAUCACUCAGUGCUAGUGGGUUUGUUAUUUUGAGGUUAUAAAUAACCCACGGGCACAGGAGCGCAGUAUUUUAUAAAUCUUCAGUAGGUUCUUGUUAGUUAACAAAAUAUUAGUCACUUAAAGAAGUAACAGUAGUGUAAGGCCGACAUGAUGACUUAAAUAAGAAACGGGCGCGGCGACGCAUGAUGUCCUUUGCGCCCAUAAGUAUAGAUGUAUAAGAUAGACGGAGGCAGAAAUAUGUUACUGAAAUGAACAAUUAGAUCCCGAACAUUGUAAUAUUUUUUAAUAAAAGUGAAACAUUUAAAGACUAUUUGUCUAUAUGGAUUUAAAAUCUUCGGCCUAAUUUUAUUAAAAACGCACAUGGCUGGACUAAAUAAUUUUUGAUGUUCCAUUUUAUUAAAAUUAUAAUAUUGCGUAAGCAGAUAAAUUUCUGUUUAAUAUAAAAUAUUACAUAUUGUAAUCAUUAGCGAUAUUAAAAUUAUAUGUUGCAAUGUUAAUUUGUUAAUCUAAAAUUAUUAGUGAAAUAAUUUUAGUCAUUAUGUCAGCGAAUACGAUAAACGAAUAUGGAGUUGUAUGUUUUUUGUACAUUAUAACGGGAGUCAAUGAACUUUAUUUAUAAUAUUGUAGAUGUGUACGUAGUUAAAACCGUUUGUAAAUAUGAAUACUCUGUAAAAUGAAAAUCAUGAAUAAUUUUUAUUAUAAACAUUAGUUACAGAA